AUGGACUUGGCACUCCAACGUUACGCGCUGUGCAUCGGAGGCCUGCUUCUUCUACUCUUGACUUCGCGAUUCAUCUACAGAUACAGAGGCCAUCUACACCCUCUCCAGACAGCCUUUCGUCUUCAAUUCCUGUAUCGCAAUAUCGGGAGACUCCCCAUACCGAUUGCUGUGUGGAGCGUCUGCUUUUUGGCUGCUAACAUAUUUAUACUUUUCAAGAGUCCCACCCUCCGAUCAGUCCGAGCUGGGUAUCUGGUCAUCUUCAACAUCCAGCCUUUGCUUUUGGCCGUUCACUCGGAUGUCCUUAUCGAUCUGCUAGGUGCUAGCCGUCAAUCAUACUUUUUCUUCCAUCGAGCUGCAGCAUGGACGACCGCCGUUUUGACAGCCUUUCACAGCAUAGGCAUGGUCCUCAACGGUCGCUCGUUUUCUUUUCGCAGCAUCGGCAAUAUUUUGGCCUUCUCUUACAUCAAUCUGACCGUCCCCUCGCUCGACGCGUCAUCCUCCAUCCAAAGCCACCCGUUUGUGGUGACUUCGUGGUCAAAAGAUAGGCAAAAAAGCCUGGACCUUUUUGUCGAGCGCCGGCGCGGGUUUACCAGGAAACUCCAUCUGGCGGACAGUCAUGAAGGACGACACGCCAUCGUCAGUGGGCCAUUUGGGAGACGUGUUUCACUGCUGGAGUUCGAUUUCGUGCUGCUGCUUGCGAGUGGGUACGGUAUUGCUGCUCAAGCAGCUUACCUUAGAGAGCUAGUAUCCGGGGGAAACAGACAAAAGGCCCAUCUUGUCUGGCUCAUCUCAAAGCGAGACAUUGUCAACCCGGCCGGCAAGUGGCUUCUCAACCCGGUCCUUGAUCAGGACACCAAGAAGGCAAGGUCUAUCCUCAUCCUUGUGCGGACCCAGCUAACCGGACCUCAGAUGAUAUUGAUCUCCAUUUUCGACAACGUAGGGUCCUUGGAAGGCACCCCUUCUGCCGCCGACUCGACGGUGGCGAAGACGUUUGGCGGUCGAGCAAGACUGUACAAAGGAAAGCCGGACCUCAAAGCCAUCAUCAGAAAAGGCAUGCAAGAUUGUCUCUGCGAAGAAAGAAGUCGAAACGGACGUCUGUUGUUACUCGAAGCCAGACUCCACGUGAAGCGGGCUCUACGGAGCUACUUGAGAGAGCUAAAAGCUGGGUCAGAUCCCAGGACAAGCUACGGAAGCUGCAAUCACUCUAUAGAUGUCUCCAUAGAAGAGCUGGACUUCCAGCCCGAGUAG